AUAUUUAGGUAUUCUAUGAAUAUAAAUUUAUUUCCAUGCAGCCUACCAAGGAGUACCCUAGUUCUGUUGGCAGCAACGCUCCUAUUAGUUCUUCUCUUCUUACUGGCCACUGUAUUAGUGUACAGAGUAUCUCUUGUUCACAGUAAAAGUGCCAUGGAAGAUAACUGGCCAGCAAAAACAGGCCACAGGUUAACAAGUUAUCUGGAAUUAUUGAAACAGCAACAAGAAGCAGUGGAAGAGGAAAUAUUAAGGAUUACAACAACUCUAAAAAAUAGACUUAACGAUUUAGGGCAGGUUCGCCAGUCAAUAGACAAAAUCUCUGGUCUUACGAGACAAACACCUUGCAACGUUCCAAAUGAAAAUAGUGAAGCAUCUAAAGUUUACACGACUUCAUAGUGCAAAUAAAUAUUGUAUAAUUUGAAGCACAGCAAAAUUUUAUAUGAUAAAUUCACUGCAAUAUGACUUGCACAGAGAGCUACCCUCCACAUUCAAAAUAAGUAAUACUGAGUUAUUUUCAGAAAUAAUGACACACUUAUUAUUUGAUGCUCACUACAAAAUGUUACAGAAAUUCCAACCCCACAUUAUUUCUAUCUUAUUCAUAUUAUGAGAAAAAAUAAUUUACUAUACAGAGAAAAUUUAAUGCUAGAGUCAAAACAGUUAAGUGCUUUUUUAAAUAAAGGUAAUUUUUAGAUUUCUUGUGACUGAGAAAUAACUUUUUUUUUUUUAAUUCUCUAUUAACAUUUAUGUGUCUCCAGUUCAUCUUUGCUUUUUGAACUUUCACAUCUAUUUCUCAACCAUAUUAAUAUUUUCUCAGCUUCUCAAUGACGUCGUGAAAAGUUAGCACAAAAAAUCAUCACUGUUAAAAAAAUAAGGUGCAGAAUCAAAUAUGUUGCAUUUAUGUACAAAUAACAGUUACUGAAAACAUUCAUGUUUCAAGUAUUCCUUUUAAAGAUUAUCUCGAUAAAUAUCUACUUCUAAAGAAAGCAGUUUCUAAUAAUAAUUGUAAUAAAGAAAUAUGCAGUUACUUUUAUAUAAUUAAAUAAAAUUAUACCUUUUAAAAGUAAACUGCUUGCAUUGAAAUGGCAAAAGUUAAACCGGAAUACACCAGUUUAGAAAUUAUUUUAACUGAGACUUUCCUUUUUUAAAAUAAUUUUUAAUGUACUUGCAAAUACAUACUUCUGUGUAUACAUAUUUUAUAGAUUUUAAUUAAAGAAAUGCAUGCAGUCUGAUUGAUAUAUUAAAGCAUGAAUUGAAUUUACUCUUGAACCUAAAGAGAGGCAAAAUACACAAAGCCAAUUAACUCUAAUAAUAAUUAAAGACGUUUUAGAUAGAAUAUAUACAAUAAAUUUCUGCAAAAGAAUAGAUAUAAGACAUAUUAUAAUGAGGAUAGGUUUAUUAUCAUAACUGUUUGACCCUGUCUUUGAAAACAUACAAAAUUCUUUAUUAUUAACUUUCAGCAAUAACUCAAUCUACUCUAAAAUAAUGAUCUCUUUAUUCAAUAUGAACUAUAAAGAAUCACAUUUAAUUGCUUAAACGUUAAGUUUCUCAAAAAGAAAUUUUGUUUAGUAUUUCAAGUAUCAAAAUUAGGUUUUUAAUUGUUAAGCCCAGCAUAUUCUUCCUAACCAUUUUAAGUAUUAAAAUUAGUCCUGUUAUUUUUUCCCAAAAAACUUCUUGUUUUCUUUUUAAUCUCCAUAUUUGUUUAAGAUUUAUGGAAACAGAAAGAAAAAAAAUUAUGGAGAUUAGAAAAGAUAGUGACUGCUAUUUAUCAAAAUAAUUUAAAUCCCACUAUUCAUCACAUAAAAAAGCUGCAAAAUUAAAACAAUCAAAAAUGGACUUUUAAAAUAAAUUUGGCUUUUAAUAAUAAAACAAUUACAUAAUAAUUUAAUCUUUUUAUCAAAAUUUAAAAUUAAAUAAAUUUUAAAGAAAUUUAAUAGGAGAAAGGAAUCUACUAAACCAGUUUUUCAAGACAUUUUUAUGGAAUGGAAAAAAAUAAUAUUUCAUAUUUUGACGAUAACUGAAUUAGCUGCUUCCCUUUCCAUACAUUAUUUGGCCAAAGAAGUACUUCCAUAUAUUUACUCUAUCAGGAAUUAAUGAUGCCAGAAAUAAGGGAAGCAACCUUUAGAUUAAUUUAAAAUAAAUCUGACAAAUUUUCUGAUAAUGUAACUGCAUUUUGUGUAAUUUAAAAAAACUUUAUACAUGUUAAUAAUUAAAAUGGUAGAAAAAAUUUGUAAACUGUUGUUUUAUUUACUAUUCAAAAUCUAUCUUAUCAAUGAAAAAAGCAAAGCUUGUAUGUGAAGGUGUUAGACUGUUCUAACAUCCUGCAAUAUCUCCCUCUGCAUUAUAUCUUUUACACAUUACAAAUACAAAGGGUAUGAAUUAACAGAUUUCUCCUUCAUCUAGGUGCGUAAUUUUUAUUAAGAUUUUUCAUGCUUCAGAAGUAAUCACUUCCGAAAUAUCAUAUUUAAAAUCAGAUCGGUUAAAUUUAUAAAGUAUUUUCACAACAAAUAUAUAUUUUUGCCUUUGCCCAAUAAAAACUUUUAUUAAGAUACUAUUAGUGCCUGAAAUAAUAGAACUGUAUGAGAUACAUUCCGCAAGAGACGAAGAGGAAGAAUGACUUUGCUUGUUUGCAUUAGCUGUACAUAAGUCACGUGAUCUCUGGGGUCAUCUGCAUUGUUUGUUUAUAAAAGGUAUACAUAAGUCACGUGAGGAAUGAGGUCAUCGAAAUGUAUCUCAUUAUGCUGCUUUAGAUUCGAAAAUAAAAUUCAAAUUUUGUCAUGGCAACAUAAUUAAUAAAUUCUUAAAACUCGCUGAGAAAUUACACUUAGGAAACUAAGCUAUGAAAAGUAAAAAUGAAUAAAUACUUUAAGCACAUUAUAGUUAAAAAAAUAUAAAAAAACACCCACUACAGAAAAAAUUACAUGCAAUGUAAAUGUUAUAGAUUAAAAUAAUUACUAAAUACACAGUUAAAAAACUAAAAAAAAAAAAAAAAAAAAAGAAAAAAAGAAAAGAAGUGGGAGCAAAUGUGUUUGUUUUCGAACCAUUUUGGAAACACCAGGAAAUCCAUAUUCAGUUUUUAAUCAAGUUAGAUUCAAAAUAUGAGAAAGGUAUGUAUGAUGGAAAGAAGGAUUUCAAUUACCUGUAAGCAUAAUGCUCUACUGAAAUGUCAAAUGUAUAGAUAUUAUUUAACUUUGUAAAUAAAUUAUCAAUUGUUGUUCUA